UCACAUGUUGGCUUUGUUUACAGGUGCAGGCCGGCUCUCCUAAAUUAUUUUGCGGCCUCUUCUCCAAAGCUGCAACUGAAUCUAUUUAAUCAAAAUAUUUAAAAUGAAUAGCUUAAGAAAUAUUGUGCAACUUCGGAAGCUUUCAAACCUGCCUGGCGCCUCUUUAGCCUCAAGGAUAACGCGAGUUGAAGAAGAACCGAAGCCCCUUACUGAAAAGCAGAUAUUGGAGAGAAAACGGAAUGGAAUUUUCACUGCUGAGCAAAAACGGCAAAGAGAGGCUGUGGGUCGUAUCGAGAAAAUUGAAGUUCAGUAUCGAGGUGUCCCUGAAGAAGUCACCUUGUUGAUGAACAAAAAUAUUUCCACGCCUUAUGAGUGUGCAAGACAUAUGUCUGAAACCCUUGCUGGAACAUCUGCUUUGGCCCGGGUAAACGGCAAAUUGUGGGACAUGCAUCGGCCUCUUGAUGCAGACUGUGAACUCAACUUGCUUACCAUGAAAGAUUCAGACCCCUUUCACGCGAAUAAAGCCUUCUGGAGAAGUUGUUCCAUGAUGCUUGGAGCAGUUGUCCAGAUUGCAUUUAAGGAUAAAGUCAGGGUGGAUUUGCACAGUUUUCCAUCUCCCAAUGUUAAAUCAGGCAGUUUCGUCUAUGAUGUGCAACUGGACCUGGAUGAGUGGAAUCCUACGCCAGAUGAGCUAAAGGUGCUUUCUGCCCAAUUUGUAAAUCUAGCUAGGGAAGAAUUUAAGUUUGAGAGACUUGCCGUGGACGCUGAAGUUGCUGAGGAUGUAUUAUUUCAAAACCCCCACAAGUUGGAGCAAAUUCCUCAGAUUGCAACCCAGCUGGCUGAUGACAACAAAAUUACUUUGUAUCGGAUCGGCUCCCACAUUGAUAUCAGCAGAGGACCUAUGUUAGGUGACACUGGCUUCAUUGGAAGAGCUACAGUCGCGUCUGUACACAAGUUGGAUUCGGAUAUAAAAAAUCUUUACAGAUUCCAGGGUGUUGCUCUACCAAAGGGAUUUAUUCUGAACCACUUUGCAUACAGCAUACUGGAAAGCAGGGCUGCUAAACUGAACAAAGCGUGGAUUCCUGGCAAGCAGUCGUUGUAGGCUGACAAGAUGUUGAUGUCGUAGAAAUUUAAUAAAACAAAGGAAUUAAGAAUCGAGAACAAGGUCCUCGUUUAAUUUUUUAUUAACUUGUUACUUUCGUACCUUACGAGGAACUGAAUCCUCAAGAUAGGCACUCGAAACAAAUAAAUCAUCUGUUAAAUAUUUACAAUAAAUUCAUCCGUUGCGCGGAAUAGAUAGAAA